GUGAGUUCGGGGAGGUGUGCAGCGGGUGUCUGCGUACCCCAGGUCAGAAGGAGAUCCGGGUGGCCAUUAAGACCCUGAAGGGAGGCUACGUGGAGCCCCAGAGAAGAGACUUCCUCAGAGAGGCCUCCAUCAUGGGACAGUUUGACAACCCCAACAUCAUACGGCUGGAAGGAGUGGUCACCAAGAGCAGACCUGUGAUGAUUGUGGUGGAAUACAUGGAGAACGGGUCCCUGGACUCUUUUCUGAGGCAGCAUGAUGGCCACUUCACAGUGGUCCAGCUGGUGGGGAUGCUGCAUGGCGUGGCGUCAGGGAUGACCUACCUGUCUGACUUGGGCUACGUGCACCGUGACCUGGCCGCUCGCAACAUCCUGGUAGAUGAGGGUCUGGUGUGUAAGGUGUCUGACUUCGGCCUGUCCAGAGUCCUAGAGGACCACCCUGAGCCUGCAUAUAACACCAUG